AUGGAAAAUCGCAAACAAUUGAGGAUAGGAAGAAGUGUAGUACACGGGCGCACGGGUCCCUUGAGAGGAGACAUGAACACUGAAGAACCAAAAAAGGAAGAGAUAAAAAAGGAAGGAAAUAAUAAAGAGAAUAUUAUCAGAAAUAAUAAUUAUGAUAAAAAAAAGGAUGAUAUGUCAAAUAAAGAUACACAAAAUAAUGAUCAUAUUAUAAAUAAUGAAGAUAUCAUAAAUAAUAAAGAUAUCAUAAAUAAUGAAGAUAUCAUAAAUAAUCAUUAUAAUAAAGAAGAUGGAGAAAAUAACAGUGUAGAUAUCUUUGAACAGUUAUUACAAAGAGAACUAGCCAAAGGUGCUUUAGGUGGUGGGGUUGUUGAAAAGAAUACAAAUAAAAUAAAAUCUCAUACAGAAAAAGAAAAUAAUAUCAUAGAUACUACUCCUGCUGAUGCAAAUAUAGAUGAAGAUGCAGAAAAAUUAUCAAACAUUAGUUUAUCAGAUAGAAUAAAUAGUACAAUAGUAAAAUAUCGUACGCAUGCAUAUAAUGAAAUAUUGAAAUGUUUCAAUGAAAAUAAUAAUAAUAAUAAUAAUGUGAUUGAUAAAAAAAUUCAUAUUGUGAAUAAUUUAUUUAAAGAUGAAGAUAGUAUAUUAAAAUAUUUAUCAGAUAAUAAUUUAAUAUGUCAAUUAAAAACAUCUGAAAUAACUGAAGCUUAUUUAAAUAUUAUUAAAGAAAUAUAUUUUCAUAAUUAUAAAAAUGAAUAUAAUAAUGAAGAAGAAUUAAUUACAUCAUUUGUUAAUGAAUAUCGAAAUAAAUUAUAUAAUAUGUUUUUAAAAAUUUAUGUUAUAUUAAUGGAAAAAAUAUUACCUAAUGCUAAAUCUUUUGAUUAUGGUUGUAAUAUUAUUAUAAAAAUUAUUGAAUAUUGUUCAUCUGAUAAAAUUACACUUUCUAUUAUUACAACUAUUUGUGAAUAUUUAAAUUCAAUUUUUUUAAAAGCUCAAAAAAAUGUUUCUAAUAUAAAAGGUGUGAAAAUUAAAGUCGUAGCAUCUAUUCUUUUAUUGUUAUAUAGAUUAUUAAAUUCUUUUGGUGUUCAUAUUAUAUGUGUUAAGACCAUAAAUAAAUUUUGUUUUAAAUUUAAUGAAAUGCUUGAUAAGUCUGUAAAAACUAACUUUUAUUCUUUAUAUAUAGAAAUGCUCACACAAGUAAAUAUAACAGACUUUCAUAAUUCCAUCUUAAAUGAGUUAAGUAGUCAACAAAGAAAUUAUAUUAAUAAAGAAUUACAAAAUAAAAAUAUUCAUCCAGAUAAUAAAACAAAUACAAUAAGUAAAUUUAAAUGUACAUAUAUUAUGAAAACUAAUGAUCAUAAUAAUUCUCAAAAUCUGUUAACAAAUAUUUCUGGUAAUACACUUGUUUUAAAUGGAUUAGACAAUAAUAUUGUUGAAGAAUUUGAUGUUUUUAAAGAUAUAUGUACAAAACAGUGGGAAAAAAGAGUACUCGAAGGAUGUAUUGAUAAAAAUAAUAGUACUAAUAAUACAAGUAAUAGUAGUAGUAAUAAAAAUAAAAAUAAUAAUAGUAGUAAUAAUUUAUUAAGUAAUGAAAAUUUAUUACCUUGGAAAAUAAAAGUGGAAGCUAUUAAUUUAUUAUGUGAUAAAAUGAAAUCAAAAUAUAAUAUUAAAAAAACAAAUUAUUUAUCUACUUUAUUAAAUAUUAUUUUAAAAUUAUUAAAAAGUGAAUCAGCCUUACCAGUUGUUGUAUCUACAUUAAAAUUAUUACAUAUACUUAUUGAAAAAUUUGAAAAAGAUAUUUAUAAUACUCUUAAAAACUUCUCUUUUAUUUUAUGUUCAAAAUUAAAAGAUUCAAAUAAACAAGUUUCUAAUGCAUGUAUGGAAUGUUUAACUAAAGCUAUUUCAGUCUAUAAUAUCGAUGUAUUUCUUGAUGAUUUAUCUAAAAAUCUAAAAGAUAAAAAUAAUAAUACAAGACAAGUAACCUUAGAUUUCUUGUUGAAGACAUUUGAAUAUAUACAUAAAAAGAGUAUAUCCUCUCUUAUAGAUACAACAAAACAUUUAUUAAAUGAUACAGUAGCUAAUAUAAAAAAUACAGCUUUUAAAUUAUAUGCAUUAAUUAUUUCAUAUUAUGGUGAAUCCGUCUAUUCUGCUUUUUUUAAUUCAUUACCAUCAAACAAAAAACAAUCCAUCUUAUCCUUAUGUGAAAAGAAGGAUAAAAUCAAAAAUGAAAAUGAAAAAAAUUUGGUGGAUAACACAUAUGAUGAGAAUGAAAUAAAUUCUGGUGAUAACAAAUAUGAUGAGAAUGACAAAAAUUUUGGUGAUAACACAUAUAAUGGGAGUGACAAAAAGUUUGAGAAUGAUAUAAAUAAUCAUGGAAACAAUAAAGACAAUAUAAAUAAAAUGACAACACUUAAAGGAAAUAAUAAUACGAAUAAUAUAAAAAAUAAUAUUUCGAAUAAUUCUGAGAAUAGAAUAUCUGGAGGAAAUAAAAAUAUAAAUUCUUCACAUAAUAAUAAUAUAAAUAAAUCAUUAAAUGUAAAUAUUACAAAUAAUUUGGAAUAUUAUUUACCAAAGGAUAUGAUUAAAAAUUUAGGAUCUUCUAAUAUUCCUAAUAAAAUAGAAGGGUUACAAAUGUUAAAUGAUUGGAUAAAGAAUGAAAAAAAUAUUAUGAUUUUAAAUUUUGAAGAAUUAAUUAAUUUUAUUAAAAAAAAUUGUUAUGAAUUUAAAGGAAAAAAUGUUUUAUUGAAUAAUGUAAUAUAUGAUAUUUUUUAUGGAUUUAUAGAUAUAGCAUAUCAAUAUAAUUUAAAAAAUAAUUCUUCAUUUUAUAAAAUGUUAAAUAUACUUAUUUGUUUAUAUAUUGAAAAAGUUACAGAUAAAAAAGGUAAUAUGAUAUGUAAUAAUUUUAUACAUAAAUGUUUUAUAUAUUUCGAUAAUAAUAUAAUAUUAGAUUUAUUCUUAAAAAAUAUGGAUUCUAAAAAUGCAAAGAAAUCUGAAGAAUCUAUCAAAAUUCUACAAAAAGUCUUUAUAAACAAAAAUAAAAAUUCUAAUAUCAAUAUAAAAAAUUUAAUUUAUUUCUUAAAAAAAUUUGUUGACUCUAAAAAUACAAAUCUUAAAAAUUCAUCUAUUCUUAUGUUACAAAUAUUAUCUAAAAAUUUUGGGGACAAAUAUGUCCUUUCUCAUUUAGAAGGAAUAUCUGAAAAUAUCAGGCAAAUGGUAAAAUUAAAAGAGGAUGUAGACAAAUUUGUUAGUAGACAUGGGCUCCAUUCAUCAACAUCUAUUCUUUUAAAGGAUAUGGAUAGGCAGCACAGUCAUUUAAAUAAUAUGACAACAAAUAACAUAAGUAUUAACCCUAACAUCAAUACAAAUAUGAAUCAAAAUAAUAAUAAUAUUAAUAAUAAUAAUAAUAAUUGUAGUAAUGUUACUGGCUGUGAAUCACUUAAUAAAAGUGAUAUGUCAAGAUCUGAUAAUAAUAUCACAAAUAAUAAUCAAGGGAAUGAUAAUGAAAUAGAAAGAUACAAUGAAAAUGAUAAUACAUCUAUGAAUAAUACGAAUUAUAUAAAUAAUAAUAUAAAUAAACAAAAUAAGAAAGAAGAAAAAAAACUAGGUACCAUUAUUAAAAAAAAAGAUUUUUCUUUAGAAGAUGAAGAAAAUAUAAAUAAAAAUGAACAGAUGAUAUCGCCAAUUAAUAAUACUAUAAAAUUUAAUAAUAUACAAAUUGAUUAUACAAAUAAUUAUUUAAAUUAUAAUAAUACUAAUAUUUCUGGUAAUACAUCUAUGGAUAUAUCUAAAGGAAUAAAUAAUAUAAAAGAAAAUACUCAUGAAAAUCAUUAUCAAAAUGAUGAAGUGAAAAAUUUUACUCAGGACAUUCAAGUGGAAGAAGAUGAUGAAGAAGAAAAAAUGAUUCUCAUUAUUGAUCAUAUAAAACAUUAUAUAAAUCAAAUAAUUAGCGAUAAUUAUAGUAACAACAGCAGCAACAACAGCAACAAUAACAACAACAACAACAGCAACAACAACAGCAACAAUAAUAAUAAUAAUAAUAUUUCGAAUAGUGUCUCAAAAAUUAUAAAUGUUAUAGAAAAAAUUGGAAAGUAUUAUAUUAACCCAGAAAAAUUAGAUAUGCUAAUUAAUGAGAAUGUAUUAAAUAAAAUAUAUAACAAUAAUAAAAAUAAAUGCAUACAAUUAUUAUAUGUUAUUAUAUUUUCUUUAAAAGAAAAUACACACGUAUAUGCAGAUAUCUUAUUUGAAUUUAUUGUUUCUAUAAUUGAUGAUAUAGAUGUAUCUGUUGAACAAAUAGACAAACUCUUAACAUGCAUGUGUCGAAAUUUAGGUAUUUCUAAAUAUAUUAAUCAUAUCAAUACAUAUAUAUUAAACCAAAAAUUAAAUAAUAUAAAUGAUGAUAACAAUCAAAAUAAUAUGAAUAUGAAUAGUAAUAGUAAUAAUAAUAUAACAGAUAGAACUAAACAAAUUAAAAAAAAUUAUAAAAGAAACAAAAUUUUAAUAGUUAUUAAUAAUAUCAAUACCAACCAUAUAUUAUUAUUAAAUGAAAGUGUUAUAAAAAAAAAAAUACUGACCUUUUAUUUGGAUCUUUUUUUUGAUGAUAAUGAACAAAUAAGAGAAAGGGCUAGUAUUGUUUUAGAUAAUAUUUAUUCAAAGUAUGGACGUAAUGUAUUUUUUUUUAUUUAUGAAAAAUUAUCAGCACAUAAAAAAGAAUGUUUACAAGAUAUAUUAAAUCAAAUGAAAUUAAAUAAAGAUGAUUUCUCUUUUUAUAAAAUUUUCUUAUCAAACAAUUCACAACUUAAAAGAAUAUCAAUGAAUGAAAGUAAUUUAAGUGUCACCACACCAACAGUAUCAAAAACAAAAAGUGUAAAGAGAUUAAGCUCAUUCACUAAAAAUAAAACUAUGAAUAUUGAUUUCCCUGCAAAUUAUAAAAUAAAGCCAGAUAAAUUAAAAUGGGAAAAAAAUUUAGAUAACAACCAUUCCAAUUAUUUAAUGAAAGAAUUUAAGUCUUUUGCAACUAGUGAACUCAUAUCUAAUAUGUUUAGUGACAAGCCAAACAUUAUUAACAGGAGCAUAUCAUUUUUUAAGGAUUAUAUUAGCAGUAAUACAAAUCAAUCCACUAUCUUUUCAAAAUCCGGUUUCCUUGACUUAUUAUUAAAGUGGAUAUAUUAUACAUUAAAUGGACAUAAAAAUAAUAAUGAAAUUUUAUCUUCUUGUAUUAACUUAAUUCGAAUAAUUUUAAAAACUAUAGAAGAUAAUUAUGUUUUCUUAAAUGAAUCAGAACUAGUUACCUUAGUAAAUUUCCUUUUUGAUAAAAUUAAUACUUCAACAGUUUCUCAAGAAACAAGAGAAAAAUUGAAAGAAAUAUUUCUAUGUCUUUGUUAUAUAUCUGACCAUCAGCUGUACUUUAAUCUCCUUUUAAAAAGUCUCUCAUCAUGUGAUCAAAGGAAACUAUGUGAUUCUCUAGAUAUUAUAUUAAAAUUAUUAAUUUUAUAUAAAGAGAAAUGUAUUAAUAUUGAAAAGGAUAUAAUGAAAAUACUUCAAGUAUUUACUGUUCAUAGCAAGAACAAAACUGUUACAAUUUAUUGUCUAAAAAUUUUCGCAAAUAUUCAAUCCUUUUACCCAAAUUUUUACAAAUGUAUAGAAAAUGAUGAAAUAUCAUUUUACUUAAAAAGCAAAGUUGAUGAAUUUAUUGAAAAUUGUCCGAAUUUUAAUCUUACCGUUCAUGAUACAGAGAAUGAUGAAAAUCAUAGUUCCCACCAUAGCGAUAAUACAGAAGGCAAUUCAAAAGAUGUGGAAGUCAACGAAUUCGUUAAUUAUAUUAAGAACAAUGCAAACAAAAGAACGUCAAUAAAAAAAGAGGUGGAAGACCACGUAAAUGGGUUUAAUAAGGAUGUAGAAGAAAUAUUAGAAAUAAAAAAGAAAAUUGAAGAAUUUGAAAUUCAUAAAACAAAUGAUGAUUAUAUAAAUAACCAAAUAUCCUAUACAAGCAUAUCAAAUGAUUUGAAUUUUGUUAUGGAGGGAAAUAAUUAUUCUAAAACUAAAGAAAUCAAUAACAUAAUGGAAUCAAACUUUAAUGAAAAAAUAAAAGGAUUAAAUAAUUAUAACAAUUCAAUUAUCUAUUUUAAAUUUGUUCACUUAACAUCUUUGUUGUAUUCCAACGAUAUAGAGACUAUAUCAAAGGUGUGCAAUAUUAUUGUUGAUAAGAUUGUAUAUUUAGGUAAGAAGAGCAGCAAGGGGAAUUUCAUAUUAAAAGAGAACGGCAAUUAUAUUUUUAAAAAUUUGAAUUUGUUUAUUAUUUUAUUGAAGGGCGCAAACUAUGCGUUGAGAUAUUUAUUUCGAGAGAAUUUUGGGAGUGACUUGAAUUGCACAUCAGUCCAUUUGAAUGCUAUAUUGAAUACACUAUUGUUAUUAGAUAUAUUGAUGAAAAAGAAGAGUUGUGUUGAGAAGCUUUCCUUUGAUCAUUUUUCGUUUUUCUUUAUUAAUACAAUAGUAUGUUUGAGUAUAUAUACAAAAGUAAUUUAUAAGCAUAAUAAUAUAUGUCGUAUAAAGGAUGGCGAGAUAGCUCGAAACCUUAUAACGAGUAUAUUAAAUAAUUUAUUGGGAAGAGAAUUUUUAAGUAACCAUACAAAAUUAUUAGAGUAUGUUUGUAAUGUAGCUUUUAAUUUAGGAUUUGAUAUAAUUAAGAAUAAUAAUAUAUUAUUGGAUGAAAUGCAAGAUACGAGUGAAUUUUAUAUAUAUAUUAAUACAUAUGUAAAAAUAUUGAAUAAGAUAUAUAAGAAGAUCAUAAAUAAAAUAUUUGACGAAAAUACGACAGAUAGUCGUUUUGUAUAUAAAAUAUUGAAUAUAUUAUUUAUGAAUUUGAAUAAGUAUGAUAUGUAUAUAUGUAAAAUGGAGACUGAUAAAAAUCGAAAGAGGAAAAUGGAUAGUGAACAUGAGGAGAACAGAAAUGAUGAAAGGCUUGGAAUAAUAAGUGGUAUAUUUGAUCCUAAUCAUAAUAUUAAUAAUAAUAAUAUUAAUAAUAAUAAUAAUAAUAAUAAUAAUAAGAGUAGUAAUAAUAAUAAAAAAAUAUGUAACGAAAAAAGCAAUAAUAGUAGUAUUAAUAAUAACAAAGAAAAUAACAUUAAAAGUGUGAAUAAUUUUAAUAACAGAUUUAAUCAUUUGAAUCAAAAGAACAGUAUUAAUAACAUAAAAAAUAUUAGUGUUAAUAACAAAAAAAAUAAUAAUAGUAGUAGUCAAAAAAAUUUUUCUUUUAAUCAAAAUAAUACUCCUAUUGAACAGUUCACUAGUUUUAAUAAUACUAAUCGUAACAGUAAUAGUUGUUAUGGUUAUAAUGAAAAUGAAGUUGCCUGUAAUAAAUCUGAUUACUCAAUUUUUGAUUGUCAUGGUACAUACUGUGAGAAUUUAAAUAUUGAAGAGAAUAACGCAGAUAUUUUUGUCAAAAGUAAUUAUGAAGAAAUAGAAGAGCAUAUGAAAAUGAAAAAAAUGAUACGUGAAUAUAGUAAAGAAGAGAUAGAUAAAAUUAAUAUGAACAAAAUAGAUUUUAUGAAUAAGUUUUUAUUUUUUAUUCAAUUAAUAUUUUAUGGUAUAAAAAAGAAUAAUCCUUUAAUAUUAUUAGCAUAUAUAAAUCAUGAAUUAAUAGGUAAAUAUCAUGAUAAUUUUAAAUAUUAUUUUAAAAAGAUGGAAAUAUUAUUAAAUAAAGAUUUAAGAGAUACUGUAUCUAAUAUAAAAUUAUAUGGAUAUUCUGAAUUAUAUACUCUACCAUUUUCAUUUGAUAAAUUUAUAAAUGAAUAUAAUUAUUUAAAAGAACAAGAAUCAUCUAUGUUUCAAUCAUAUAAUAAUGUAUUAGAAAUAUGUCAACAUUUUGAUUCAGAGGAAAUAUAUAAUAAUUUCGAUUUGUCUAUUGAUGAUGUUAUACAAAAAAAGAAAAACUUUUUAGACUCAUUAAAGAUGAUUGAUAUAAAUGAAAUAGCAUUCAAUGAUAAUAAAUAUGAGCAUUUAAAAGAAACCAUUUUACAAUAUAUAAACGAAUUAGAAAAUAAACAGUUAUUUUGUGAUAUAAAAAACGCACAAUAUCUUUCGAAUUAUGAAUUUAUAAGUACUAUGUAUACAAGCAAUAUAAAGUUGAACGAAGAAAUGGAUAAUAAAAAUAUAGACAAGCAAAAGAUUUAUACUACUACUAAUAUGAAAAAUAUUAAUGAUAUGAAUAAUAACAAUAAUAACAAUAAUGAUAAUAAUAUUAAUCCAGAUAGACAAGGAGAAAUGCCAUUUAAAGCAGAACCUGCCUCCAUAUAUUCUGAAGAAAAAAAUAAUAUACAAUUCACAAAUAACAAAAAAUCAAACAAGAAUAUACUGAAUAACAAAAUUGUAGAGGAUAAUUAUUUUUCAGAGAAUCGUAUUGAAGAUAAAAACAAAAUGAAUAUCAAUGAUAAGGAUUAUGUGACACAUUUAAAUGUAGACAAAAAAUUAAUUGAGCAAAAUAUAAUGCAUGAUAAAAUAAAUGGGAACACAAUUAAUGACACACAAAAGUUUGAAUAUUUUUGUAACACAGCUUAUGAUAAAUUCAAGGAGGAAAUACAAGAAGAGAGGAAUAUUAUGACGAAUGAUAAAAAAGAAGAAAUAGAAAAUAAAAAGGAAAUGUUUAAAAAUAUUACAACAAAUGAUGCUACACAUAUUAGUCAUAGUAUAUAUUUACGUAAUUGUACUGUUGAAAAUAUAGACAUGAAUAAAAUAAACAAUGAACAUCAUUCAACAGGUCCUUUUUCAAAGUCUAUUACAACAAUGAAAGAGGAAAAAUAUGUGGAAAAAAAUAAUUAUUCUAGAGAGAAUACACAAAAUAUAGAAACAAAUAAUCAAUAUGAAGAAACAAAUAAUGAAUAUAGAAAAAUAAACGAAUUUAUUAACAACGAUAAAAAAGCUAGUUAUGAUAUUGAACAGAACAAAAAUAACUCAAAUGAGAAAUAUCAAAAAGAUGGUGCAUUAAAUAAUUUUAAUAAUGUUUUUUCACUAUAUAAUAAUAAUAAUAAUGAUGUGAUAAAUGAUAGAAAUACUUGUGAGAAUGAAAACAAAAAUGUAUUCCUUCAUGAAGACACAUGUAAAGGAAUAAACAAUAAAGAAUAUAAUCAUGAGGAACAAAAAUGUUUUAAGAAUGAUCAUUUAUAUAAAGACUUAUUUGAAAAUAAAGGAGAUAUAAAUAUUGUUAAUAAGAUAAAAGAGAAUGAAGAAAAAUAUACAUCUUAUCAUUACACUAACAAAGUGAAGGACAAAAGAAAUGAUGUUGAUGAGUACAUUAAAAAAGAAACAAGUACAAACACAAGUAUCUCAAUAAAUGAUGAUGAUAUUAGAAAAGAAAAAAUAAUAAACAAAAAUAAUAAUAAUAAUAAUAAUAAUAAUAAUAAUAAAAAUGAUGAUAAUAAUAAUAAUAAUUAUUAUUAUUAUAAUGAAUCAACUAAUUGUGUUCUAAAAAAAGAUAUUGCUAGCAAUGAUAAAAAUGAGAAUAUUAUAAAAAAUACUAAUCAAACUUUUUUAAGGAGUAAUAAAAGUAAUGUAAAAAAUUUAAUAAAAAAGUAUGACACUCAUAGAGAGUCUCCUAACGUUUCUAAUAAAACGACGAAUAGUAUAAAACAAAAAAGGCACUUAGAAAAUACAAAAAUAGUUAAUAAAACAAACGAUACUUUUUUACAUGAUAGAGAUCACAGCAAUGUAAGUAAUAUUAGAAACAGAAGUAACAUUAGUCAUAGUAGUAGUCGUCAAUGUAGUGAAAGUAAAGAUACUUUUAAAAGUAGAUUAAAACAUGUCUCUAAUAAUUCUUAUCAUAAUAUAAACAAUGAAAAGGAAAAGAUAAAAUCCAAAGGAGGUGAAAGAAGUACAAGCGAAAUGUUAGUUGUGAAAUCAAAUAUAGGAAGUGAUAGUCAUGCAUCGAAUAUUUCAUCUGAACAACUAUCUUCUAACACAACAAAAAAUAAUAAUACACAUCUUAAUAAAAAGAAUCACACAUAUAUAGAAAAAAGUAAACAUAUAUAUGGAAAUAAAAAUACCAAUAUAAUAGUUUCUAAAAAUAAUAACCUAUCAGAAAAUUACAUGCAGAAUAAAGAAUAUGAUAACAGAAGUAAUAGAACAUCAAACAAUUCAACCAAAAGAAAAAAUUAUAUUGGUAUUUCAAAUCCAUCAAAAAAAAAAAAUACAAAUAAAUAA